AUCAAUUCUUCCUUGGUAGUCCUAUGAUGUAAAUAUCCCACGCAUUCCCAUGUUAUUUCCAUAAUGUGCAUUCUACUUCCAUGGUAUAAUAGAGAGAGGUCGGAUUUGAUACCGCACCUCGAAAUCCUCAUAACUUCCACCAGAGAGCAUCAAGUGUACUUAUCUUACCAUUGAUGGUCUGACCCAGUCUGACCAUUCGUUGGUCACUAGUGGUAGCUUUCUCUAUGCGGUGGGGUGAAUUUCUUGAACUGCAACGGUUGUGAUUUCCUGGGCGAGUCUCAUCACCGGGGAGAACCCACCGGUGACGUGGGCGACGUGUAAUGUUUGUGGUGGGUUAUCUUGAAUAGUUUGUUGUCAUGGUGACGUUGAUCCCGCAGCCCUGGCACACAGUACACAGGCGUGGAAUAUAAGAUACCUUGUCUUCCAGUAUUGUAGUUAUGAAUCAAUUUUAUUUCAGAUAGAUUUAAGCACGACAGUCACGACAUUACAAACUUUUUUACAAAGAAAACUGACCAGCAGAACACAUGAAGUGGUGGGCAUCAUGGGUUUUGUUAAGCUGCCUUUUUCAAAUUUCAUAUUCUUGGGAUGUAGAAGAUUAUGAAUUAUUUGAUUUAGUUGAAGAAGUUAACACAAAUUUUUAUGCAUUAUUGGGAGUGCCAGAGGAUGCUAAUUCUACUGAAAUUAAGAAAGCGUAUCGAAAAUUAUCUCUCUUAUUACAUCCUGAUAAGAACGAUGCAGCAGAUGCUGAAAUAAAAUUCAGACAGUUGGUUGCAGUGUAUGACGUUCUUCGAGAUAAUAAUAAAAGAUCUCGGUACAAUUUAGUCUUACAAAAUGGCCUACCUGAUUGGAGACAUGUGGCAUUUUAUUACCGCCGUGUGCGGAAGAUGGGACUGGCAGAGAUGUCACUCAUUCUGUUUAUUAUAGUGACGGUUGGUCAAUAUGUUGUGGCAUGGGCUGCGUAUUUGGAAAAGAAGUACACUUUGGAGCAGUUAUGGGAAGCAAAAAUGAAGAAGCUACAGAAAAAACAAAGGAAAGGAAAAUAUGAUGGUCCUGCCAUUCCAGAAACAGUACCUGUACAAAUUCCUACACCCAGGUCUGAAGAAGAAGAAGACGUUGUAGAAAUUGAACACAAAGUACCAAGGAGGCGUAAAGGAAAAGCUACUCUUCUUGCAAAUAGUAGUAGUUGGGAGCCAUCUUAUGUUAGUAGUCAGAAAGAUCAAGAACAGAUUGAGGAUUCAAGUAGUCCUCUCCCAGUAUCAGGAGGGUUGUGGACUGAUGAUGAUUUGGCAGAACUUGUGCGCUUGGUUAAAAAGUUCCCCCCUGGAAGUGCUUCAAGAUGGGAAAAAAUAUCUCAUACUAUGCAACGGCCUGUAGCAGAGGUGACACACAUGGCCAAGAAAGUGAAAGAAGAUGGCUACCGAAUGAUUCGUCAAAAUGAAGAGGGACCAGUUUCUCCAGAAAAUGAAGAAGACAAACCUCGUAAAGUAAAAACACGAGCUUCAAAAAUGGAGGAUAACCUAAAUGUCAAUGACACAUCAGGCUGGAGUCAACCACAACAGAAAGCUCUAGAAGCCGCUCUCACUAAAUAUCCUAAAGGGGGAACCACGGAUCGAUGGGAAAAAAUUGCCAAAUGUGUUCCUGGAAAGACUAAGGAUGAAUGUAUGCUGCGAUAUAAACACCUUGUGGAGGUUGUUAAAAAGAAAAAAGAGACUGUAGAUACAGUUCCAUCUUCUGAAAAUUUGGCUUAAAAAAUGUGGUUGUUGUUAUUACUGUAGAGUAUUAUUUCAUUUUAAUUUAUGCUUAUGGAAACAUUAUUGUGAUCACUUGACUUUUAUUACCAAAUGAACAAAUUAUCUUGAAAGUAUUUUCUCUUGAUGUCAGUGAAGAUUUUGAAAAUAAAGUAUCUGUUAUUUAUGAACUCUU